AUGCAGUUGGACGACGAAAGCAAUUUUGGUUCAGCUGUUGACAUCGCCGCUCCUGGCUACCAAAUACUGGCAACUACUCCCACUGGAAAGUAUGGCAAGGGUACAGGUACCUCAGCGGCCGCGGCCAUCGUUGCAGGUUAUAUCCGAAGUAUCAUCAAAAAUACGGCCACGCCAGGUGUGAUGGAUAGCAAAGGGGGUAAGGUUCUCACUUUCGGCCGCGUGAAUGCUGAGGCGGCUGUACGAGAAAUACUUAAGAAGUAG